AUGGCACACGCCAAGAAGGAACAGUAUGCUAUGCCCGCAUUCAACUGCACCUCGUCAUCAACCGUCGUCGCAGUCCUCGAGGCUGCACGCGACGCAAAGGCGCCCGUUCAGAUCCAAGUAUCUCAGGGUGGCGCUGCUUUCUUCGGUGGCAAAGGUCUCAAGAACGACAAGCAGCAAGGCUCAAUUGCAGGCGCCGUCGCUGCAGCCCACUACGUUCGCGCCAUCGCACCCGCGUACGGCGUCCCCGUCGUGCUCCACUCGGAUCACUGCGCAAAGAAGCUUUUGCCCUGGUUCGACGGCAUGCUCGAGGCAGACGAGGCCUAUUACAAGGAGCACAAGGAGCCCCUCUUCUCGUCCCACAUGCUCGAUCUCUCCGAGGAGAGCAAGGAGGAGAACAUCGAAAUUUGUGUCAAGUACCUCGAGCGAAUGGCAAAGAUCAACCUCUGGCUCGAGAUGGAAAUUGGCAUCACAGGUGGCGAGGAGGACGGCGUCAAUAACGAGAACGUCGACAAUGCGAGCUUGUACACGCAGCCAGAAGACAUCUGGGAUAUCUACCAAGCCUUUUCCAAGGUGACCAACAUGUUCUCGAUUGCCGCUGCCUUCGGCAACGUUCACGGCGUCUACAAGCCCGGCAACGUCCGCCUCCAUCCCGAGCUGCUCGCCAAGCACCAGGCAUACGUCAAGGACCAGCUCAAGACUGAUGAUCCUCGUCCCGUCUUCCUCGUCUUCCACGGUGGCUCCGGCUCGACCAAAGAUGAGAUUGCCACCGCGCUCAACAAUGGCGUCGUCAAGAUGAACGUCGAUACAGACACGCAAUACGCCUACUGCGUCGGCUUCCGUGACUACUUCAAGAAGAACGCCGACUACGUCGCCACUCAGGUCGGCAACCCAGACAAGCCAGAUGGACCCAACAAGAAGUACUACGAUCCUCGCGUAUGGGUCCGCAAGGGAGAAGAGACAAUGAAGGAGCGAUGCACAGAAGCGCUCAAUGAUUUGCGCUGCGUUGGUCGUCUCUAA